AUAUGACGUUGGUCAUCCGCAAACAACUCAAAAUGCUAAUCUCAUCGUUGUUUUAGCCGCGUCAAUAUUCACCAUACCAGCAAUCGCCGCGGAGAAGAAAUCGUAACGGGUAAUCUUGUACACCGACUUUUCGCGCCCAUUCGUUGGAUAAGUGUCUCUGAAAAAAAAACAAAAAAAAAAACGGUUGGACAAAGAAGCAAGUAAGGUUGCAGAGUCUUGUUGUUUAUGGAGGGAAUGGAAGAUGAAGGACCCUCAUCACAGGGUGAACCUCCACAUAUCGAAGAUGUGCAGCUGUCGGCAGAGGAGCUGAUGUAUGUGGAGAGCUCCGCCCCUCUAGAAAAUGUGUGCGAAUACAAGGAAGCGGUGCACAAGCUGACAGAGGGCUUACUUUCCCACUACUUGCCUGGCCUUCAGAACUCAAAACGUACUCUCCAAGAACUCACACAAAAUCAGCUCAUAUUGUUGGACACACUGGACCAAGAAGUCACCAAGUUCCGAGACUGCAACACCUUACUUGACCUGAAUUCACUGUUUACAGAGGCCAAGGUUUACCACAACAAACUGGUCAAUAUCAGGAAAGAGAUGAUUUUAAUCCAUGAAAGGACAACAAAAUUAAAGAAAAGAGCUUUAAAGCUGCAGCAGCACAAGCAGAAGGAGGCGCUGGAGAGGGAGCACCAGCGCGAGAAGGAGCUGGAGCGAGAGCGGCAGCUUAUUGCCAAACCUGCUAAAAGAACAUAAGCUCCUGUGGUAUGGUGGUUUUGCAUGUUUCAGCCCAUUUUCUACCAAGGAACAAUUUUGUAUUGUACGUGCAACAACAUUUAAGAAAACGUAGUAAGAGGCCAAAGUAUGAGUGUCAUACAGUGGUUAUGACAGUCAUAAAUCUUCUGGUUGCUAGUCUGCAACCACAAGAACACUUUAGAGGCCUGACACCGUCGAGUGAGUGGAUUCUUCAUCAAAUAUUUCGCCGCAAAAACUGUUGCAGCAUGAACACCUAUUUGUGUACAAGAGUGAGCAAUUCUUCAAAAGAGGCUUCAAGAUGAGAUAAGGUUAUUGUCCUACUAAAUUCAAAACAAAGAGAAGCUUUGCCCUCAGCAAGUUAAUACAAGAUGCCAUAGAUGGGCUCUUGCAUCGUGAUUUAAAGGCAGAUGGCACAUCAUAUGUAGACAGACAGUUCGACAAUGCUCAGAGGCAUUUUUUCUUUCUCAACAGAGAGAAUUGAUCAUUAUUAUUAUUAUUCCAGUUUACUGUGCUGUGUCACAAUAUGGAUUCAACUUGUAUCUCAAGGCAUAUCUGUACAUGUGCCGCAAAUACAGCAAUGGGAAUUUGAACGUUAAAGUUUGCCCACUUGCAAAGAAAGUACCAGUCUCAAUUUUUAUGGUUUUUAUUUAUUACAGUAAUAGACACUAUUGGUUAAAAUACAUUU